GUAAGCAAGCUGCGCAGUGUAGCCUGGCAGUUUAAUCCCGAGUGACGCUGUGAAACUGGAGGAGAUAUUCUUGCUGCUGCUCUUCAGGGAUUGCUGCUGUGGUGGUGGUGGAGGGUGGAGCAGAUUUGGAGGUGCGUGUGCAUGUGUGAGGAGAUGUGGAGAGCAUUUGACUGAGGUGUCUGGCCACUGAGACACCACAAGAAGGGAGAGAUAGGAAGGGAGGCAGCGAGAAGAAGCAGGAAUAGGACUGAAUUACGGAGUAGCUUUUUCCUAAUACACUGGGUGCCUCAGUGAAGGGGAACAUGGAUUCUGUCACAGAAAUCUUCUUGAAGCUGCUGUUUUUCAUGUCUGUUCAUAACAGGAGCAUGGUAGUGACAGGGAAUACAUAUAAUUGUGAUGAUCCGUUGGUGUCUACUUUGCCUCAGUCAUCAUUUAGCAGUUCAUCAGAGCUGUCUAGCAGUCACAGCCCUGGAUUUGCAAAACUUAAUCGAAGAGAGGGUGCUGGUGGAUGGUCUCCACUUGUGUCCAAUAAAUAUCAAUGGCUUCAGAUUGAUCUUGGUGAAAGAACUGAGAUAACUGCUGUUGCUACUCAAGGUGGUUAUGGGAGCUCUGACUGGGUAACAAACUACCUUUUAAUGUUCAGUGAUAGUGGACGAAACUGGAAACAAUAUCGUCAAGAAGAAAGCAUUUUGGCCAUUUCUGGAAACACAAAUGCAGACAGUGUUGUAUAUUAUAAGCUUCAGCAUUCCAUUAAAGCAAGAUUUCUCCGUUUUGUGCCUUUGGACUGGAAUCCCAAUGGUAGAAUUGGUAUGCGCAUUGAAGUGUAUGGAUGCACAUACAAGUCUGAAGUGAUUGGUCUUGAUGGGAAAAGCUGCCUAAUUUACACAUUUAAACAAGAGCCUAUGUCUGCAUUGAAAGAUGUGAUUUCUAUGAAGUUUAAAGCAAUGCAAAGUGAUGGAAUUCUCCUCCACAGAGAAGGAAAGAAUGGAGAUCAUAUAAUCCUGGAAUUAGUUAAAGGAAAACUAUCUCUACUCAUUAACUUAGGUGGUUAUAAAACUCAUUCUUCUAGCACACAAAUUAAUAUUUCCCUGGGCAGUCUUCUGGAUGAUCAACACUGGCAUUCUGUUCUCAUUGAGCACUUUAACAAUCAAGUAAACUUCACAGUGGAUAAACACACUCAUCAUUUUCAUGCUAAGGAAGUAUUCAAUUAUCUGGACCUUGAUUAUGAGCUCAGCUUUGGAGGGAUCCCAGUGUCUGAAAAAUCAGGAACAUUGUCACAGAGAAACUUUCAUGGGUGUUUUGAAAAUAUUUACUAUAAUGGUGUGAAUGUCAUUGACCUGGCCAGGAGGCGUAAAUCUCAGAUCUCCUUUGUGGGCAACAUGUCCUUCCUUUGUUUAGAACCAAAGGUUGUUCCAGUUACAUUUCUGAGCUCCAGAAGUUACCUGGCUCUGCCUGGAAUUUCAGGGCAAGAAGUAGCAAUAAGUUUCCAGUUUCGCACCUGGAACAGUGAAGGAUUUCUUGUAUCUAGUAAAGUAAAACAAGCUUCAGGUGGUUUCUUCUUAUAUCUGAGUGAUGGGAAAGUUAAAAUCAGUAUUCAAAAGCCAGGAAAACUACUGACUGACCUUACUGCAGGUGUUGGAUUAAAUAAUGGACUGUGGCAUUCUGUAUCUUUCUCUGCCAAAAGAAACCGUAUUAGUUUAAUAGUGGACAAUGAUAUGCUCUCAUCUGCUCAUGCCUCUAUACCUCUACAGAUUUAUUCAGGAGAUACCUUAUACUUUGGAGGCUGCCCUAACAACGGAAACUAUUCUGAAUGUAAAAGCUCCUUUGGUGGCUUUCAAGGAUGUAUGCAACUCAUUUCUAUUGGUAAUGAAGCAGUGGAUAUGAUCUCAGUUCAGCAAAAUAUUUUUGGCAAUUUCAGUGACCUUCAGAUAGAUUUAUGUGGCAUUAUGGACAGGUGUUUGCCUAACUAUUGUGAACAUGGUGGUAAGUGUUCACAGUCCUGGAACAACUUCUACUGUAACUGUAACAAUACUGGUUACAAGGGAGCUACUUGCCAUUAUCCCAUCUAUGAAAAAUCAUGUGAAGCCUAUAAACACAGAGGGAAAAAUUCUGGCUUCUACAAUAUAGAUUCAGAUGGAAGUGGCCCCUUGGGACCUUUUCUUGUAUACUGCAAUAUGACAGAUACAACUUGGACAAUAAUACAACACAACAACACCAACUUAACCAGAAUUAAAAGUGCUAAUCGAGAGAAUCCCCAUGCUGCGUUUUUCAAGUACUCUGCCAGCCUAAACCAGCUUCAGGGUACAAUUAACCAUGCAGAACACUGUGAACAGGAGAUAUCUUACCACUGCAAAAAGUCAAGGCUUUUAGAUAAGCCAGAUGGGCUGCCGCUCAGCUGGUGGAUCGGAAGGACCAAUGAAAUACAGACUUACUGGGGAGGUUCUUUGCCUGCUGUUCAGAAAUGUGCUUGUGGCUUAGAAGGGAGCUGCAUUGAUUCCCAGCAUUAUUGCAACUGCAAUGCCGACAGAAACGAAUGGACUAGUGAUAUUGGAUUCCUUUCCUACAAGGAGCACCUACCAGUUACUGAAAUUGUGGUCACAGACACUGACAGACCAAAUUCUGAAGCAGCUUUCAAACUGGGACCUUUACUCUGCCGUGGUGAUAGAGCAUUUUGGAAUUCAGCAUCCUUCAAUACAGAAACGUCCUAUCUGCAUUUCCCCACUCUCCAUGGAGAAUUCAGCACAGAUGUAUCAUUUUUCUUUAAAACUACUGCUUCUGCUGGAAUGUUUUUAGAGAACCUGGGAAUUCAAGACUUCAUAAGGAUAGAAUUAUACUCUCCAUAUGAAGUGAUCUUUUCAUUUGAUGUUGGAAAUGGACCUAAUGAAGUUAAAGUGCAGUCCCUCACCUUCUUGAAUGACAACCAGUGGCAUUAUGUGAAAGCUGAAAGAAACAUCAAAGAGGCAUCCUUACAAGUAGAUAAGAUUCCUCAAAAGUCUCAUGCUGCUCCACCUGAUGGGCAUUUUCGCCUACAACUCAACAGCCAGCUUUUUGUAGGUGGAACAGCAUCCCGGCAGAAAGGAUUUUUGGGAUGUAUUCGUUCAUUACAGCUAAAUGGAAUAGCCCUUGACCUGGAAGAGAGAGCUAAGAUAACACCAGGAGUUGAACCAGGAUGUCCUGGACAUUGUAGCAGCUAUGGUAACUUGUGUGACAAUGGCGGAAAAUGCAGAGAGAAAUACAGUGGAUUCACUUGUGACUGCACUUUCUCUGCCUAUGCUGGGCCAUUUUGUAAGAAAGAGAUCUCUGCUUAUUUUGGGACUGGCACUUCUGUGAUAUACAGUUUUCAAGAAAACUACACCUUUGCUAAAAAUUCCAGUUCUCAUGCUUCUGCUUUCUAUGCUGAUAUGACACUGAACAGGGAAACAAUUACAUUUGCCUUCCGAACAACACGGACACCAAGCUUACUGCUUUAUAUCAGCUCCUUCUACAAGGAAUAUCUCUCUGUCAUUUUAUCCAGAAAUGGAAGUUUACAGAUCAGGUACAAGCUAGACAGUCAUCAAGAUCCUGAUGUCUGCAGCAUCAACUUCAAAAGCAUGGCUGAUGGACAGCUACAACAUGUGAAGAUUGACAGAGAAAGGGAAAUACUCUUUGUCGAGGUUAACCAGAAUGAAAGAAUGAAAUUUAUUCUGUCUUCAGGCACAGAGUUCAAUGCAAUCAGGUCUCUCAUACUUGGCAAGAUUUUAGAAAACAGUGAUGUAGAUGAGGAGACUAUGAAGGCAAACUCCCAGGGUUUUAUUGGAUGUCUCUCUUCAGUGCAGUUCAACCAUAUUUCUCCUUUGAAGGCUGCACUACAACACAGCAGCUCAGCCCCCAUCAUUGUUAAGGGGCGUGUCAUUGAGUCCAACUGUGGCACUUUAACUGGACUUGACUCAACAUUAAGUGAAACAACCCAUUCAUUUGCAGAUCAUUCUGGACCAAUAGAUGAGAGAGAGCCCUUAGCUAAUGGAAUCAGUAGUGACUCUGCAGUUAUUGGAGGUGUGAUAGCAGUUGUGAUAUUCAUCCUACUUUGUAUCACUGCCAUAGCCAUACACAUUUAUAGAAAAAAAAGCAGGUACUCAAAAAAUGAGAAAAAAGGAUCUGAAAAUGAAGACAGUGCUGAAUCUGCGCUGAAAAGUGAGCUCAGCAUUCAAAACACAGCCAGUGAAAAUCAAAAAGAAUACUUCUUCUGAUUGACAUUCAUGACUUAAUUUAAUAGUGCGACAGUCUGAUUUUCUGUAUAAGCCAGGGGCUCUUAAUGGACAGAAAAUGUUCUUGCACUCUACAGUAUAUGCAGUGGAUUUGAGACCUAUUACAAUGCAUAUGUUCAGUCUCAGUGAUUGGUAUAUGGGCCUCUUUAAAUUACAUGAAUUCCUUGUUUAUUAACAUAAACACAUUUUAUGUAACAGUGAAUUAGAUAUUUUAAUCAAUUUCAUUGUUGGUAGUUUCCAACUGUUCUGAUGUGACCUUCUACACUGAAGCUUAAUGUACAUUCUGAAUAUGAUUUUUGAAUGGGAAAAUUGUUACUAAGAUCCUCUUUAAGAUUCUGGCAUUUUGUUAAAGAUGAAAAGUGGAUUAUAAUAGUUUGUGUUGCUAAAGAUAUUCUGCAAUCCUUAUUAUAGGGAUUCCUCUUAAUUCCUCCACCUGAAAGUGCUUCUUGAGCUGCUGUUGACUGCUAUCAGUAUCCGCCCGUGGGCCUUGGAAUUAGAUGUCCAAAACAAUCUGCCCUUCUUUUCCCUGGCAGGUGGCCAUUGCUAUCAUUGUCCCUUCUUUUUGGCAAAUCUUGCAAGUCUUAAAACUGAAGAGUGUACAGUGUGUUGAAAUGCUGUAAAAUCACUUUUGUAAUAAGUUUUCACUCACAGUCAAGCAAUGAUAUCAAAUUAGAUGUGAACAUAUUCUAGGAAUUUUAAAUAAAAUUUGGAUCACAGAAGGUGAGACUUUUACUUGGAGAGAUCAAGUAAAAUAUUAACAAUAAUUAAAUUGUUAUGAAUGAAACCACCAAUGUUCAUGUAACUCCCCAUAGAAAUAAGUAAUAUUUAUUCAUGAAAUUUUAAUGAUCUAUGCACUAUAUGUGACACAUUCCCCAAAAACACUGUAUGUAUAUGCCUUAGACCUCAAGAUUAAUUUUCGAAAUUAUAGAAUUUAUUUAUGAUUUGAUAACAAUAUAAAUAAGGAAUUUAAAGUGUAGUACUUUAAAGCUGCUACUUCAACAUGUUUGUUUUUUAUCCAUAACAGUACCUACAUAACUUACUUAAAUAAUGUCGAUUCUUCAACUCAAAACAAAACUGAUGUUUAUUAUCCUGAUGUAUAAGAGCUGCCUAUGAUGUUGCAUAAGCAAGUAAUUGGAUAUGGAGUAUAGAUUUAAUAUGUUUAAACAGAAGAAUGUAUCACCACUAUACACACUAGAAUUCCUGAAACAAUCAUGUGGCCUGGUGAGAAUGUUGCAAAGUCAACUGAAGGUAUGUGUCCUUCAGAAGAAACAUCCGGGAAUCAGUUAGAAUACCUCAAGUCAUCUAAAUUUGCACUACAUGCAAAUAGUCCGGCAAUUGGUUCCCACAGAGGAUUUUUUUUCUUUUCAGAUAGAAGAUUUUGUGCCUAGAGUUAGGAUCUAAGAGACAGAGGUUCUUUGUCCCUGUAUAUUUGAAAGUUAAAAAAUUGAAGUGUUUUUCAAGAUCAUUUGUAUCUAUUCCUAUGGAAAGCAAUGAUAACAGUCAUCCAAAACUUAGAAUGUAAGACUUCGAAAAUGUCUGUCAUAGAUGUCCUAAAAGAUUAUAAAAGCAGAGAAAUUAGGUAUGAUGUUAAAACUCAGUAAUCUUUUUAUUUAUUUCCAUAAGUGGUAGUUGCAAAUAUAAAUUUGAAGCAGAUGUAUCUGUAAUAAUAUCAUAUUUCAAAACUUGUUCUAUCAAUUUUUCUUUUUCUAUUCUGAGGACUUUACUGUUCCUUUUCUACUUCAUUCUGUUCAGCAACAACUUUAGGAAGAAGUUAUUCUUCAUUUUGUACUUGAAGGCUCUGCAGUUAUGAACUUUUCAGCUUGGGAUGUAUUGUUUCUCUAUUUUCUCAACAUUUUAAUUCCGAGAGCAUCUUUAGUAUAACACUAAGGCUGAGGGUGAGGAUCCAGGAUCAAGAACUUAUUGUAUAUACUUCAUAGUGUACGUUAUCAUGUUCCCUGAUAGUGUUCAGCCCAUGACAAUAAGUCAGUGUUGUGAGGGGAGAACAAUGAACAGCUCCCAAAAGAUGAUAUGUAUGAGAGUACUUUGACUUGCGGAUGGGAAGUGGAGGAGAUAAAAAGCUUACAUGGGUCAUGAGAUCAAGAUCUUGCACUCUUUAAUUUACCAACUGAGAUCUUGUCAGUCUAGCUAGAUACUAGGUAAUUUAAAGUGAGAAUUAUCUUCAAGGCUCUGACCAAAAUUUCUUUGAAUUAAAAAAGAAUCCUGCUAUGCACUUCUCUGAAACUCGAGCCUCAUUGUAACAAGAAGCUUUCCACUCCUGUGACAGAUAUGCCAGUGUCACUUAUAUUAACAUCUCUAUUUAAAUUGAUAAGAAUCCUAGUUAAUACUCUUUUAAUCAAUGUGAAAUGAAGUAAACGUGGGAUAAAACCUGUGUGAUAAUAACAUUUAUAAUAUAUUAGGACACCAAAAUGGAUAUUUUGAUUGUAUUAUACAAGACCAAGUUUUCAGAUGAGAACUACACACUUAAUAUUAAAAAACAGCAAAAACAAACAAACAAAAAACCCUCUAAAUUAAAAGAUAUCUACACUAGGACAGGUUGGAAGUUGAAAGUAUAUAAAUCUAACUUUUUAGUCUCUUUGUUUUACCUCCAUAUAUGUCAUCUCUUUUCUUAUUCUGUAUUGUAUUUCCUGGUGGAGGAAAGUGUAUCCUCCCUUACUUCAUUUUCUUCGAAAUGAAUAAUCGUUUCACUAUUCUUUAGUAUUUUUAGAGGCAAAAGGAAGUAAAAAACAGAGUGAAACCCAUUUUUCACUAAGCAUUAAAAAAAAAAAAAGUGGUGUGUGUGCAAACACCUGUGAAUGGCACUUUAUUUCAUUCAAUCACCUUAUUACAGCAUUUUAUUUUGUAAAGAGUUUGAAGGGGAUAAACUGAAAUAGAUUUUGUUGAAUGCAGAUUUGUCUGCAGAUUUGUUGCAUACAAUAAUUAUGUCUCUGUGAAAAUGCAAAUAACCAUUUUCAUCUGCAGGAGGAGUGAUCAUAUAUUUGUCACCUGAAUCCAAAGUAUACAGGUUCAAAGUCAGCGAAGCAGCAUUUUUCAUUAGAUGCUUCAUUUCUAUGUGUACAACAAAAUGGUGGCACUAAGGUGCACUGAGAAAUCAUGCACCAUUAUUUCAUCCCUUUUUUGAUUCUCUAGUCCAAUGUGUGACCUUUCACCUCCCUGUUAAUAAAAGAAACAUUUUUUAAAAUACAGUGAGUAAAAUAUUUUUUACAAAAUCUAAAAUUUAUGUUAAAAAGAUCAAAACUGACAACAAUAUACUGUUUUUUUUUGUUGUUGUUGUUUUUUUGGUGGGGUUUUUUUCAGUAAAAAUAAGUAGAAUUGCACAUGGUAUGUGGUUAUUUACAGAUAAUAAAACUGAAUGCUAAUGUAACAGGUUUCCUACACACUGACAUGAUUUUCACGGCAAAUAUAUCUUUCCUUAAGUACUUUAGAAAAUGAAUAAUAGCAUGAAUGCUGGUACCUUUUAAAAAACUUUCCAUAUCUACUAACCACAAAGACACCAUCAUUAUUUAAGUACUCAACAUUUAGUGCAUAAAUAUGGUUCAGUCAGGUUUCGAGAAAACAUUUGCCAAUACAUCCUCUGUAGAUGAAUAACAUGUAGUAAGCUACAUGUACAAUGCAAUGAAACAUGCUAAUAGCCAAAAUUAAUUCACAGUGUCAUUAUUCAUUUCAGUAACACAAAAACAUAUGGAAAAGGAAAACACAAAUAGAAUUCUAGAGAGGAAAAAACUGAAUGGAGUACACAAAUAUAGAUUUAGAUACUAGUGUGAGAUGAUAAAAUCAGAGGAUGCAAUUAUGGCAGGUCAACAUAGAAUUGAUAGGAGAAUAUUUUUGAAAUAAAAUUAAUUACCUUGAGACGUAAUUGUAGAAGUUGACACACAAAAUGGAGUUGUAGCUGUAUAAGCCACAUUAUACCACAGAGGAAAACUUUUGUGUGUGUGUGUGUGUGUGUGUGUGUCUAAGAGAAAACUCUUUGUUAAGUCAGAAAAAAAAAAAAAAAAACAACCCAGAAAAAACAUGUGCACUCUCUUGGGUGCCAUGCACAUUCUCCAGGAUAAGAAUACAGGAAUGUUGCAUAGUUUAAGCUUUUGAGAUUUUAUCAAGGUAAGCUCUUAACUGUGCAGUCAAAGUAUAGGUAUAUUGGAAAGUAUAAUAAAUCUAUAGUGUUUCUGAUCACUUAAGGAGACCAUGCAUUAUGAAGAAAGAACAAUCCUUCCAAAAUGAGAACAGAAUAAGCAGGUACAGACAUGAAGGCACUGAAGAAAUCUCAGUGUGUUUGUUUGUUUUCAACAUUUUUAAAAUAAUAAAUGCAAGUCAGGAACUUCAUUUAAAAUUUACUCCUUUCUUGGAUUUUUUUCUUUGUGGUAGGAGGGGAGCAUUGAGCUGGUUUUCUGCACAAAAAGUUCUAAUGUCACCUGCACAAAGAAAUAGAAAUAGAAAAAUCACAGGUGCUUAUGGCACAUACUUUGCUAAGAAAAUAUGCUUCUUCUUUGGUUUUAAAAUGUUGUGUGAAAAGUACUUUUCUGACAGGAACUGUCCUUUGGAUACACUCUCCAAACUCUUUAUCUUUGAUCUCACCAAAUUUAAAAGAAUGAAACAUUACUGCUACUUUUCAGGGAAAUGGGUGCCUCUUUCCGAACACUGACAUAAGGUCACAUUUGUUUUCAUAUAACUUUAUAUUUUCUUUCUGUGGUGAAAUUCUUAUGUUGAUAACACUUGAUAUAUGUAAUACUAAAUAAAUUAUGCCUUGAAAUCUU